AUGUCUGACCAGGUCGACACGAUUCCAGGUGAGGAGGAGGAAAGGACACUGAGGAGGUACGACAAGCCUCUCAGCCGAUCUCACCGAGAUGCCGAGGAGCUCAGCGGGGCUCAGACCUCACGCAAGUCAGUGCCUGAGCUGAAGAUCCUGCUGGUGGGGAAGACUGGAGUGGGGAAGAGUGCAGCAGGAAACACCAUCCUGGGGAGAGAGGAGUUCAAAUCUAAGGUCUCUCCCUCCACAGUGACUAAACAGUGUGAGAAGAGGACAGGAGAGGUGUCAGGGAGGAGUGUUGCUGUGAUCGACACUCCAGGCCUGUUUGACACACUGUCCAAAGACGAGGUCACAGAUGAGAUAGUGAAGUCUAUAUCUCUGUCCUCCCCGGGACCCCAUGUGUUCCUGGUGGUCCUCCAGCUGGGCAGAUUCACACAGGAGGAGAAGGACACAGUGAAGCUGAUCCAGAAGGCCUUUGGAGAGAGAGCAGCAGAUUACACCAUGGUGCUCUUCACACAUGGGGAAGAACUGAGGGGUCAGAGUAUUGAGGAUUUUCUCAUGGAUAGCAAAGAUCUUAAGGACUUUGUCAGUCAAUGUGGGGGUGGUUAUCAUGUGUUUAACAAUGAGAAUCCAGAGGACCGCAGUCAGGUGGCAGAGCUGCUGGAGAAGAUAGACAGGAUGGUGGAAAGGAACAGAGGAGGCCACUAUACUAAUAAAAUGUACCAGGAAGCUGAGAGAGAAAUCAGGAAGGAGCAGGAGAUCCUGGAGGAGUGGGAGCAGCAGGGAUAG